AUGGAUUCCGCGGAGAGCACCCCAGUCGAGCCAGCCCACAAAGGCAUCCUCAGAGACGAGACAGUAAUGCUCCGAUGGAUUUUUGGCUAUUGCCGUAACGCUCAAGUAAUCAACGGCAUGAGCUGGCCCGACAUACCGCAGACAUCUGUCCCACGAGGGUUUUAUUCAGACAUCAAGGACCUAGGAUUUCUCAGCAUUGAUGUUGAUCAUUUCAGGGUUGAAAAUGGUGUAAUACAACGAGUCGAGAUUGGUUUGUCAUUCAUCAAAGCACAAGCUUUACAACAAUUACACGGCAAAUCUACGCAAGGCAGGGACUUGGCAUCUGGUGUCAUCAAAUCUCAUCAUUUAGUGUUUGGCUCCAAAGUCGCAUUCUCAUGGAAAAAUUACCACUUUUUAUUUGGGAAGGCAAGGCCGAUUAAGAUGUGGCACGUCAGAGCCGAGCUUGAACGGUUCACUAAGAAGCCUUACAUUCUCGUUGUUCAUGAGGGAAAGCAGGAACUUUCACUGCUCUCACUGCUGAACAUAAAGCUUGAACCCGUCUUCAUCAUCGACACUGUCAAAGCAGCCCAGUUUCCACUGCAGCUGUGGUACAGAAACAGCUUGAAGCAGCUGCUGGAGGAGUUCAAGGUACCCUACGCGCAUCUUCACGUAGCAGGAAAUGAUGCACAGCUCACGCUACGAGUGCUUCUCAUGAUCGCCGUCAGAGACGCUGAGGUCCACUUGUCAGGGAAGCGUCUACCUGACUGGGUUCCGAUCUUCAAGGCUGUUGCUCAGUCUCCGUUGCCCCCAAGACCCCCGACUAAGCGAGAGAUAGCGGCCAUGGCUGAAGCCGAAGCUGAGCGGCAGACGGCGAUCGAGGGAGGAGAACCGUAG